AUGAAUUAGUAAAAUCUUAAACUAUGCUCUGAAAUAAUUGAUGAUAAAUAUGUAAAAAUAGCUUCAAAUUCUCUUAAUGCAAAGGAGAAAUUGUUUAAAUUAUUAUUAUCCUAAAGACAAUUACCUGAAGAAGGUUUUGAUGAUCUUACAAUUGAAUAUUUGCUUAAUAUAUUUGCAACUAUGGAUACUAAUAAUUUUGUUAACAAAGUAGGUGUUGGAGAAAGAGAAAGCAGAAUUUUCUCAGCUCUUGUACAAAAGAGAAAUUAUUAUAUGGGACAUGGAAUUGGAAGAUCAGGAGAUCUAAUAGCUAGUCAACCUAAAGCUGCAGGAUCUUCUUUAAUAGCAAAAUUAACAAAACAUUUGGCUAAAGAUGCUUUAAAAUUAAGUAAUUAUCAAAUUAAUGAAUUACUUAUUGUACCUGUAGCUACAGGAAUGGCAUUAUCACUUUGUUUAUUAACAUUGAAAUCUCUAAAGCCAUAAGCAAAAUAUGUUUUAUGGCCAAGAAUAGAUUAAAAAACAUGUUUAAAAUGCAUUUAAACAGCUAAUCUUAUUCCUAUUGUAAUUGAAACAAUGAUCUAAGAUCAUGUAGUAACAACUAAUUUAGAUAUUUUAAUCUAAAAAAUUAAUGAAAUUGGGCCAGAUAAUAUUGUUUGUGUUUUAAGUACUACAAGUUGUUUUGCACCAAGAAUUCCUGAUAAUAUUGGAGAAAUAGCAAAAAUCUGUAAAUAAUUUUAAAUUUAUCAUGUUGUUAACAAUGCAUAUGGAAUUUAAUGUAAUAAAAUAGCUAACUCUAUUAAUUAAGGGUUAGCUUAAGGAACUGUCAAUUUAAUUGUUUCAAGUUCUGAUAAAAAUUUUAUGGUUCCUGUUGGGGGAGCUUUGAUAUAUGGUAAUGAUAAGAAACUCAUUAAAUAAAUUAGUGAAUUGUAUCCAGGUAGGGCAAGUGCUGCUCCAAUUUUAGAUUUAUUUAUUACAUUUUUAUCUAUGGGUAGAUCAGGUUAUUUAUAAUUAUAAAAAGAAAGAGUUGAAAAUUAUAUAUAUUUUAAAGAGAAACUUUAGAUUAUUACAUAGAAGAUUUCUGAAUAAAUACUUAAUACUCCUAAAAAUAGCAUAUCUAUUGGUAUAAGUUUAAAGAAUUAAAAAAUUGAUUAGAAUAAUUAAGAUGAAAAAAAUUAAAUAACAAAAUUAGGAGCUAUUUUAUAUUCAAAAAAGGUUAUGGGAUCUAGAGUAAUUACAAAUAAAAAAAAUAAAAUAGUUUGUGGUAUUGAAUUCAAGAAUUAUGGAAGUCAUUGUGGUAAAUACUAUAACUUAUAUUAGAUAAUUAUUUUACACCUUAUAUUACUGUUGCAUGUGCUAUAGGUUUAACAAAAUAAGAAAUUGAUACAUUUGUUUAAGAAUUUGAGAAGGCUUACACUCAAAAUACUUGA